AUGGAAGAUGAUGAGCAGAGGACUAUGCGUUUGGAAGACAAUGCUAAAGGAACUCGAGCAAGAAGAGAAGCGGAGAGUGACGAGCAAAGAGAAAGACGAUUAGCAGAGGAUGCGGAAAGAGCUCAAAUCAGAAGGCAAAUGGAAGAUGAUGAGCAGAGGACUAUGCGUUUGGAAGACAUGCUAAAGGAACUCGAGCAAGAAGGGAAGCGGAGAGUGACGAGCGAAGAGAAAGACGAUUAG